CCUCCCUCCUCCAUUCGCCGCAAAGCUACCUUGUGCUUGCUAAAGCCCUCCCCCCUUCUCCUCCUCUCUAACUAGGGUUUAGCGGCCAGCCUCCAGAGAAGUUCCAGAAGCUUCGCGGCGGCGAUGGGGUGGCCGCCGGCCGCUGCGGCGGUUUUGGCGGUGGUGGUGGCACUGUGCGCCUCGGCGCCGCCGGUCGCUACCUCCAUGGCGGGCGGGCCCCACAUGGCGGACCUGAGCGUGCUGCUGCCCUCGCGGAUGACCAAGCCCGUUGAGUACCGCCUCAUCGGCGGGGAUGGCUGCUUUUCCUGGUCAUGGGAUCAUCAUGAUAUUAUUUCUGUUAAACCAGAGUACAAUGACAGUAGCAGAUGCUCGACUAGUGCUCGUUUGACUUCAAUUGCCCCUUACAACGGACGGAGGGAGACUUCUGUUUAUGCAACUGAUAUUAUCAGUGGAAUCACGAUACACUGCAAAGUUUUCGUUGACAAGAUCUCUCGUAUCAGGAUUUUCCACCAUGCUGUAAAAAUUGACCUAGAUGAAGUUGCCACGUUGCGUGUUCAUGCCUUUGAUGAUGAAGAAAAUGUAUUCUCAUCGUUGGUGGGAUUACAGUUUCUGUGGCAGCUUUCCCCGAUGUUGCUUGAUAACAGUAGCCAUCAUCUUGUUCAUAUUCCACUGAAAGAAACACAUUUAAGUGACUGUAGUGGCUUUUGUGGUGAUAUGAAUAUACGUAUUGAGCUAGAGGACAAGAAUCUUUGUUCAGAUUUCUUUGUGGUGAAGGGUAUUGAGAUUGGCCAAGAGGUUGUUACAGCUCAGUUAUUUGAGCCUCACUUUGAGCAUGUGAUUGACACAAUUACAUUGACUGUUGCUGAAGCUAUGUCACUAGAGCCACCAUCGCCAGUCCUUAUGACUAUUGGUGUUUUGGUGAAGUUUAAACUCAAGGUUUUUCGACAAAAAGUUGCUCAAGUGGUUAAUUUACCAUCGCAAUAUCAUCGAUGGCAUGCGACAAACUCUUCUGUGGCCCAAGUGGAUAGUUCCUUGGGUAUCUUACAUGCCUUGAGUCUGGGUUUUACUGAGGUUGUUGUUGAAGACACAAGAGUUUCUGGUCAUGAACAAGUAUCAUCUGUACACGUUGUUAUUCCCCGGUCACUCUUCCUUUAUCUGAUUCCUACUAUGGAUGAUUCUGCCCAUCUUUAUGGGACAACACAUAUUCCAUCCUCAAAUGUUUGGUAUGUUUUUCCUGGACAAAAAUACAUGGUCCUUGCGAAAGCAUUUGCAGAGGGAUUUGAUGCUAGGGAGAUAUCUAUUACAAAGGAAAAUGAGCUUAAAAUGGAGAGUAGUACGGUGGAAUUCUGGAACUUAUCGCAGGUGUCAAACGAUUCUAUAGGUUCCUAUGAAGUUCUAACUUCUAGAUUGCUAAGUCCUGUUUCCCAGGGGAAAGGAAAUUUAGUUGCUUCCUUAACUUACCGAACAGAGGCAUCUGGACCAGCAAAGGUUCUCAAUCUUCUGCAAGAAGUUAACGUUUGUAGUAAGGUGAAGGCAUUCUGGGAUGAAGGAUUGGAGAACUCCAAUGUUAUUCACCUUCCCUGGGUUCCUGGAGUUUAUCAGAAAGUUGAACUGAAGGCGAUUGGAGGUUGUGGUAAGACACGGGAUGACUACAAGUUAUUUUCCUCUGAUGAACGUGUUGCUUCUGUGUCUGACUCAUGUAUUGUACGUGCUGAAAAGCCUGGUCAAGCUGUCAUCAGAGUAGUUUCUGUGUUUGAUUUCCUGAAUUUUGAUGAGAUCAUUGUUGAAGUAUCCACUCCUUCAAUGUUGUCUAUCUUGCCAGUCUUUCCUGUGGAGGUGCCUGUUGGAACACGACUUCAUACUGCUGUGGCACUAAAAACAUUUAAUGGACACUCUUUCUCACGAUGUGACCAUUUUAAUGCUUUUAUAAGAUGGAGUCUACUAUCUGAGAAUGAGUCCUUUCAAAUUCUUAACACCACUGAGGCUUCGAGCAUCAAGGACCUAAAACAUAAUUCUCGUUCUUGGGGUCAAAAUGGCAAUCCUUGUGCCUGGAUAUCACUAAAUGCAUCUGCUGCUGGUCGAGCCACAAUAGUUGCAACGUUCUCGUUUGAUUCAGAUUCUGAUUUUGAGACAUUUACUGGACCUAUUUUUCUGAAGGCAACUUCAAAAAUUUCUGCAUAUUAUCCUCUUGUGGUUCUUCAAGGGGGGAAUGGAAAUCAAUUUGGUGGGUACUGGUUUGACUUAUCUGGAAUACAUAGUAGGAUUCAGAACAUGGUUAGCAACUCUCCCAAGGAGCUGUACUUAGUUCCUGGAUCAACAAUGAAUGUUUUUCUCUUUGGAGGGCCUGAACGGUGGGACCAAGUGGUCGAUUUUGUUGAAACAGUUGAUGCUAUUGGUGAAUCUAAAAAUCAAAUUAUUAGUUCUGCUGCUGUGCAAAAGUUAUCUAGUGGACUAUACCAAGUAUCUUGCCAAAGCAAAGUGAGCUAUAAACUGCUGUUCUCACGUGGAAACAUGAUUGGGAAAGAUCAUCCCGUUCCUGCUAUAGCCAAAUCAGAGUUUGCUGUUGUUUGCGACUUUCCUUCAGCAAUAACAGUGAUAGCGAAUGAAAAUGAAAAUCGAAUUGAUAUUUUGGAAGCCGCAAGCAAAGGUGACCGUGGUCCUGAUAGACUGCAAACAUCUCCUGUUGUAAUCUCAAACGGAAGAAGCAUACGUCUAGCUGCUGUGGGUAUUCAUGAAAAUGGAAGAUUUUUUGCCAAUUCAUCUUCUCUUUGCCUGAAAUGGGAAGUCACUGGAUGUGAAGGGCUUGCUUACUUUGACGAAGUCAACGCUGCUGAAAUGCUAGAUGAGUCAGCUUGGGAGAGGUUUCUUGUCCUACAGAAUUCAACAGGACUGUGCACUGUGCGUGCUACAGUCAUUGGCUUCUCUACCAGAUUUGCUGGCCGAACUCAUGAGGAAGAAUACACGUUUUUUCAAACUGCACAUGAUAGUCUCACAGAUGCUAUUCAGUUGCAGAUUGUUUCUUCAUUAAGAGUCACUCCAGAGUAUGUCUUGCUAGUUUUCCAUCCUGAAGCACAAGAAAGCUUAACUGUCAGUGGUGGAACAUGCUCCCUAGAUGCCUCUACCAAUGACACACAUGUGGUGCAAGUUGUUCGACAUCCAGGAAAAGCCCUGUGUUCUCAAUUGAUUCUUGGUGCUAGAGGCUCAGGCAGUGCUAUUGUGACAAUCCAGGAUAUUGGCCUUUCUCCUAGAGCAACAAUUCAUUCUUUGGUUAGAGUUGCAAAUGUUGAUUGGAUUCAGAUAAUUGCAGAAGAUCACAUGAGCCUUAUGGAAGGAAGCACACAAGAUUUUCAAAUUUUGGCUGGCACCCAAGAUGGGCAAGUAUUUGGAGAUUCUCAGUACAAGUACAUGGGCAUUGAAUUGCAUCUUGGUGAUGAGAUUCUGGAUCUUAUUAGUCCACAUGAGUUGAUGGAUGAGCCAAAAUUUUCGAUUAAAGCUGCAAAAGCUGGCAUAACAUCUCUUUAUGUUAGUACUAAGCAACACUCUGGACAAAGAGUUUUGAGUCAGGUUGUAAGGGUGGAAGUGUACAAACCACUACAAAUACAUCCUGAGUACAUCUACCUCACUCCAGGCGCCUCUUUUGUGCUUUCCGUUAAAGGUGGUCCCAAAGUUGGAGUUUCAAUUGAGUACUCAAGUCUGGACAUGGAAAUUGUAGAAGUUCAAAAUGCUACCGGAAAGCUAUCUGCAAAGGCUGUGGGGAACUCUACUGUACGUGCCGCUGUUUUGACAAAUGGAGGUACCUUCGUCUGUGAAGCUUUUGGAAGAGUCGAAGUGGAUAUCCCAGUGGCUAUGAUAUUGAAUACUCAAAGUGACCGUCUUUGUGUUGGUUGUAGCAUGCCAAUUUAUCCUUCUCUGCCUGAGGGAGAUCUAUUUUCCUUCUAUGAAACUUGCCAAAGUUACAGUUGGAUGAUAGCAGAUGAGAAGGUGGUAACAUUCCAAUCAGCUAAAUCUUGGCAAUACAGACUUGAUCAAGGGCUAUAUUUGGAAGGAAAAGACUAUCCAUGGUUUUCCAAUGGCAGUGGCAAUGCUUUUAUCAAUCAUGUGAUUGGAAGGUCUGCUGGGAAAACCAAAAUUUCCAUUUCAGUUACUUGUGAUUUCUUGCUACCUGGAACUUCUGGAUCUGUUGUAUCUUACAAUGUCUCCAAGACCAUUCUGGUGGUACCAGAUCCUCCCCUAGCACUUGGACUUCCUAUAACAUGGUUAUUCCCACCCUUUUACACUACUGCGGGCCUUUUGCCUAGAUCAGUGAAUUCAUUUGGGGAACCAGAUUCACAUGACCUCGAGAGUUCUGUUGGGUACUCUCUGCUAAGGGGCAGUGGUAGAAGUGGUUCUGUGAUCCAAGAUUCUAGCAUAAUUGAUGGAAGUAAAAUUAGGACUGGAGAGAGCAAUGCAGUUGAUUGUAUUCAAGCAAAAGAUCACUCAACUGGAAGAACAGAAAUAGCAGCAUGUCUACGAGUUGCUGAGGUUACACAAGUACGGGUCGCUGCUGCAGAAUCAUCAAUCCAGAUUGUCUAUCUCUCCGUAAAUGAUAGAAUUGAAUUGGAUAUAAAAUAUGCUGAUGAAUUAGGUUAUAUCUUCAGUGAAGCACAUGGAGUAGCCCCUGUAAAGGUUGAGACAAAUUAUCCUGAUGUUGUGUCCAUUCUCACGCCAAAAGAUGGUAAUGGUACAUAUGGCACACAUGAACGUUUUGUGCUUCAGGCGAGUGGUCACGGGACAGCUCUUAUAAGGCUGCACGUCAACCAUAUUCCCAAGAAAGCAGAUUUCAUAAUGGUAUCUGUUGGUGCUCAAAUGUAUCCUAGGGAUGUGGUCCUUCAUUCUGGCCAGCACCUGAACUUCACCAUUAUUGGAGACCGCAUGGAUAUACGUGGAUCUGGUCACUGGUUGAGUACCAAUGAAGACGUUGUGCAUGUCAAUCGAAUAACUGGUGAAGCACAGGCACGUGGUGAAGGUGUAGCAGAAGUAAUCUUCAAAGGUUCAAAUCUAAAGCUGCAAACAACUAUCACUGUGCUCAAGGUGAACCAGAUAGUUGUUGAUGCUCCUGCGGAGACACUGACUAAUGCUGCUGGCCCACCUGAUGGAUACAAGUUCUCUGUAGGAUUCAGUGAUUCAACUGGGCACAGCACUGGAUCCUCUGUGAGUCAGAUCAAUGUCCCAUUUGAUUGCCAGGUUGAACCUUCUUUUGUUGGGUUUGUUGAGCCAUGGUGUGAUCACGCUGCAAAGAAAUCCUACUGCCUAUUUCAUCCAUAUUCACCUGCACAGCUGUGGCCUGUGAAGUUGAACCCGAUGGAAGGAUUUUUACACAUAUUAGUUCGUGCAAAUCUAAAAGAAGAUCCGAAGGUGACAGGAUCUGCACAUGCUCUGCUUGUCAAAGGGUUUUACGUUAAAGAACCUGGGAAGUUAAGUUUGACUCCAAGUAGCAAUCAUAGUGUCAUUACUAUUGGUGGGAACAGUGAUGUUGAGUUAUUCUGGAGUGCUAAAGAUUUACUGUCAGUUAGCCGUGUUGAUACAAAUGAGAACAAGGGUCUUCCUAGUCAAAUUGUUUAUCGGGUCGAAGCACUCAAAAGGCAACCUUUCUCGGACAAGGUCACUAUAGUUCUUCCAGCCACCGGCCAGACUGAAGAAGUUGAAAUCAGCUAUGAUACUGGGGGAGAAACAGAGCCAUCGUCAUCAGGCCUUACCACAUUAGCUGUUAUCCUCACAUGCGUUGUUGUACCCAUAGCUACGGUUGCGCUCUUCAUGAAGUCGCUGGAGAAACCAACCAGACAGGCAGCAUCGAGACACACAGCUCCCACAACACCAGCAGCAGCAGGCAGUCCUGCGAUGACUGAUCCUGCGUCCCCAGCUAACGGUCAGCUCUCACCUCGUACACCCCAGCCUUUCAUGGAAUACGUGAGGAGGACCAUCGACGAUACACCGUACUACAAGCGCGACGCCAGGAGGCGAUUCAACCCUCAGAACACGUACUGAGCAAGGGUAACUAGGUCGCGACGGACUGGUGGUUGGCUGUAACGUUUCCUCGGUGUUCUAGACCGUAGAUGGUAGAGCCUUGUAAUAUUCCUGUACGCGCAUGCAUAUGCUGCGAGGAUUUGCUGUCAAUUUUCAAUUUCUGACAGCAAAUCCUCUUUUGGUUCAACUCUGUUGUUAGUUCUGAUGGUUUUGUAAUCGUAUGUCUGUACAUGAGAAUCUAAAGAAUUUUUUAUUUUACAGUGAGUGCUUCUGUCUA